GGAGAAGCCAGGGAAAAGUGAGUGACGAAUGUUGUCGCUUUUUCUUUUAGGAAUUGCGUCUCGUUAUCCAAGGGGCACCUGCACUGCGUUCGCGUCUUUGCCAGGAAGCGAUAAGUGCUGCAAAAUACUGAAUAGAAGUAACCUCGUUCCACCUUAAACGCCAUUUCAUUUUUUGAAUUUCAGCAGUUCUCUUUCAGAGAGAGACGUGUUUGCCAUCACACGCUGUGAAGAACUUCACCGUUUUCGUUGUCCUUUCCCGCUCCCUGUUGCUUUACAAAAAACCCCCGUGGCCCCCUUCACUUCAGUGUGGCGGCGAAGACCUGUCGACGCCAACAAGUCUGAUUUCUUUCUUCCCGUUUCUCUUCUUUACUCUUCCCCGAGUUUCUACAAAGCGCGCAUUUCGUCCCCCUUUGUCACAAACCAUCUUUUAUCACGUUUCCUGUCUCUGUGCCCCUCUAGCUUUUUCUCGCGAAGCCGCCCAAGAAAGGUAACAGAACUCUCUUCCCUUCCUAGUGGCGAAUCUUUUUUCUGGUUCCCGUACACCUCUGCCGUCACCGGAUGCACGCAGAUAUGCCCUUUCUUUGUUUGGUGUACUAAGGCGACACUCCACGGCACGCCCACUCCCUCCUGUUGAGCAUCUUUUUCCAAGUUCCGUUGUCUGCAUUCCUCCCGAGAAAGGUUCGAACUUCUUUCCCCGACAAAAGGAUAGGUGUUUAACUUCUGGCUGUCGGGACGCUGUUCUGUUUGAGACUGUCUUCGCUGGAAUUUUCUGUUUGUGUUUGUCGGGCGAAAAGCCAUUUUCGACCUUUUCAGGGGAAAACCUGGUUUCUCGUUUUACCCCCGGAAGACGGCGAAAUAGGUCUGUGGCUUACCUGGGGGGCCCAGAUACACCGCGUAGACCUGACAGAAGCAGUAAACGCAUACCCCAUUCAAAAACGGAACUCUGAAUCGUCUUUGCCAUUUCUGUCUUCGUCGUCGGGAGACCUGGCGCUGUUUGCUAAAAGAAUUCUCCGAAGAUGUCAAAAGAAAGAAUGGGAGAUGCCCGGAAGGUCACUCUCGUCUCGCAAGAGGGAGACGAGUUUGAUGUUGACAUCGAGGUCGCCUCCAUGAGUGCGUUGAUAAAGACAAUGGUGGAAGAAGACAGCGACUGCCAAGAGAGCAUUCCUCUUCCCAACGUGGAUACAUGCAUUCUGAAGAAAAUCAUCGAGUAUUGUGAACAUCACCACAACAACCCACCCGAAGAAAUCCCCAAGCCUCUAAAGUCGUCCAACCUUGCUGAAGUGGUCAGCGAGUGGGACUACCAAUUCAUCAACGAAAACAGCGACCAGAAGAUUUUGUUUGCUUUGAUUUUGGCGGCUAACUACCUCAACAUCAAGCCGCUGCUGGAUCUGAGCGUCGCGAAAGUGGCGACAAUGAUCAAAGCCAAGACGCCGGAAGAAAUCCGACGCAUUUUCAACAUCGUCAAUGACUUCACUCCUGAGGAAGAAGCUCAGGUGCGCGAGGAGAACAAGUGGUGCGAAGACGCAUGAGAGCAUAUGCAUUGUUCCUUUUGCAUGCAAGCCUUUCCGACUCCGGAUUCGGAAAUCACCUGCGCAGAGGAAAGGAUUCGUGGUUCUUUGAAUACACGAAAGACGUCUGAACAACGGAUUUGCAUGCGGGGAGGCAUUUUCGCAUACGGGGACAGAAGAUUGUUUGAGCGGGAAAGGAAACAAACGAACAUGUGAUCGUUAAUCUGUGGAACGAUUUUUGUCCGAGCGCGUCCUCGCGUUUGGCUGUCGCGUUCAGCUACGGGGGGAUGCAGCCCGGCUGGAGCACUGAGUUGUAAAUCGGGUCUUUCUUAGGCACUGAUGUGGCGUUUAGUUAACAGAAAGGCCUGGAAUUGCACCGCAGGUGAAGAAGGAGACAGGAAGCCCAUUGCGUUGAUUGAGUAAACGAAGAAGUUGCGAGCGAUUUGCAACGGCCAGCGGUUUUUCUCAUGCGAUUGCAGAGCCCCUUUUCCGUUCGCCGGCUGGCAUGAGUGACUGUGGCCAUUUGUUGGAGAAAUGCGUUAGAGAAAUGAGUUAAGAUGCUCCAAUGUGUAAACUGUGAAGAACUGAGAAUGGGGAACCGCGGGCGCUGCAAAGCGUCCCCCGCAGAAACGCGGUCUUCCAGCUUCCUCUGUCAUCAGAAAACCAC